AUGUAUGUUGGAUUAAUAUCGCGUCGCGAGUUAAAUCAACAUCCCUUCAAUUACGUUGAUCGAACCAACGCCUCUUCAAUCGCGCUGAUCGAACAAACAUCCUUGAGAAAAAUGGGCAAAAUUCAACGAAAAAAUGAAAAUAAACAAAGAGUCACUAAUUUCUUCGCAUCGACGAAAACUCGUAGCGUAAACGCAACCAAGGGCUCUAAGCCCCUGGAAGUUGUUCGCCCCAAAGAAAAAGUUGCCCGUUCAAAAGAAAAUGGUACCUUCCCGGAAGAAAACGUCGUCCCACUUGAAGUAAAGGUUGCGGCUCCAGAAGAAAAGGUUACCUUCCCCAAAGAAAAGGUUUCACCUCCCAAAGAAAAGGUUUCACCUCCCAAAGAAAAGGUUUCAACUCCAAAAGAAAAGGUUUCAACUCCCAAAGAAAAGGUUUCAACUCCCAAAGAAAAGGUUGUCUUCCUCGAAGAAAAAGUCACCGCUUCAAAAGAAAAGGUUGUAGUCCUCGAAGAAAAAGUUGCACCUGUGAGUCCUCCAAAGCGACAUAACUUGGAGCACAAAUUAAAACAUAAAAAAGGGGCUCUCGAGCAAACACGUAUUACAUCUUUCGCUACUCUUAUGAAAUUUGCGAGUAAGAAAAAUGAAGGCAGCAAUACGAAAACGAAGGCAAGUUUUUCCUAUAGUAAAUUUCAACGCGCUCCGUUUUCAAAAAAGAAAGAUAAUGUCAUAAAGACGAUUAGUACGCGUGUUCCUUCAAGAAAACAAAAUAAAUCGGACCUCGCUCAACGUAGAAAAGCAUUGCGUGAACGAGUUCGGGCUAAAGAUCAAAGAACGAUCGAAGAGACAUUACAGGGGUCAAAUUUAUCAGAAAAACAUCAAAGGGUGAUGUUGAGCCGUUUAAUCGACAUGACAGACUCGAUUUCCUUUCUUUAUAUGACGUCUAAAAAAAACGUCAUGUAUAUAACGGACCUUGCCGUAAAACUAAAAGAAAGUUCGAAUGUGCCACUAUCACAGGGUGAAAUAAUUGAACACAUUGAACUCCUUUCGGAAAUCGCGCCUGAUUGGUGUAAACUUUCUUACAGCCUGGAGCGGAAGAAGUUGGUAACGAUCAAUCAUUCAAUUUCUGUAAAUGAAGUUCUUAAACUAAUACAGGGGAGAAUGGAUAAUAUUUUGAAACAAACUUUAUAA